GGUGGAUGUUAACACACACUACCUGACGGACUGACUGCUGCUGGAGUGGAGGCGGUGUGUUUAGUGUUGCUCGUGCUGACUGCUGAUCUCUGUCGUCGUUAUAUUACAGAAGAAACGACGUUUAUUUGACCCAUGACAUUUUAGAACGGCAACGGUAUACAGGCUGGAUGAGUGGGCCAACCUUCACCUCCCCCACCCCAGAGGUGGCUGAGAUGAACCGCAUCCAUUAUGAGCUGGAGUACACUGAAGGCAUUAGCCAGCGGAUGCGGAUCCCAGAGACACUCAAGGUGGCUCCAGAGAGCCAACCAGGGUCCCUGCCUCUUCAGGAGCAUCUCCUCAUUCACACAACUCUCAUGCAGGUUCCUGACAGGAUUGUUGUUGCAGGUGAUGCUGGGGACCCUGGUUGUGGUCGUCCAAGAGACCUAGACCUAAUUCAGUCUGUCCCCCCACUGGACCUCUUGAACAUGAAGGCCCCACCGCGAAUCCUUACCCUGACAGAACAGCCACUGGAUUCUCUUGAGACUGACCAAACUGCCACCUCACAGAGUAAUCGCAGCCAGGUGGGCCUUUUUCACACCCGCUCUCGAAGAGAACGGAGUGCAAGUGAGAAUACACCAAGCCGCUACAGCAGUCAGAUCAACAGAGGUGAUAUAAGUAUAUCCCCAUCCCCUUCUGCACCCCCUGUCCGCUUAUGUCCCCCCCUCUGUUCCCCUGUGGAUGCAAACGUCAACCUGUUCACAGCUGCGGGCUUCCUGACUUAUGUCCAGUCAACAACGCGGCGAGCAUAUCAGCAAGUCCUUGAUGUCCUGGAUGACAGCCACCGCAGGACAAACCUGGACUUGGCUAUGGAUUUAAACCCUGAUGAGUCUGGCCUGGUGGAUGCCUCCUCACUAAGGCGACAGAUUGUGAAACUGAACCGACGCCUGCAGUUGCUGGAAGAAGAAAACAAAGAGCGUUCCAAGCGAGAUGUGGUCCUUUAUUCAGCUACUGUGGCAUUCUGGCUUAUUAACACCUGGAUGUGGUUGCGCCGCUGAGGUGGGAUGACGGAGAUUACCCUCCCUAAAUCACUGGAAGGCAUUACAAUCAAAAUCAAAUGGUAACCAUGUGAAAUCACAACAAUGGCAAACCUGUAUCCCUAUAUUUUGUUGCAAACUCUAUAGUGAGAUUUGACUCAAGCUGAACAGACUACGUAAUGUUUACAAUAUCUACAUCUACAUCAAAAGUUCACAAUGACAGUUUGUAACUUUAGGCCUAGUCAUAAAGUGUUGCCACAUCACAUGUAGCAGACUUGACAUUAAAAAAUUGCAUGUAUGACCCUUUUCAAACCUGUUACUAACAUCCACUCUGAGUGAUCCGAUCACAAGUAGACCGUUUAAGUACAGGUGUGAAUGGACCCAGGAUGCACAUCCACCUACUCUGCUGACGCCCUUAUGAUCCACUACAGUUCCAUAAUGAACUUGAAAUAUUUGUUCUUCUUAUCAUCAAAACAUUGAAUUAUUUGUAGCCAAUGUACUAUAUUAACACUGACAGGUACAUAGAGAUUUCUAUCCCCCCCCCAAUUGGUUUGGGAAGUGAACUGGUGAACUAAGAGCUGUCCACAUAUCUCAGGACUGAUGCUAAUAUCAGGUCUGAACUGGGCCUUUGUAUCUCACCUGUGUAUAAAUUGGUAAACUAUUAAUUAGUAAGACCAAGCACAAUGACAUAACUACUGACCGUUGCCAAAAUGUUAAUUUGAUCUAGUAAGCACAGUCUCUCUAUGUCAGAAAUAAUAAAACUCGCUGUAACUUCAACUGGAUGCAAUGCCAAACCCGUUGGUUGAACUUUUAGACAGAAGCUUUUUUCUCCAUUUCAAAUAUUGCCCUGAUUUACACUUGAGUUGAGGAGAAACUAAAUAUUCAACAGAUCAUUUGGAGGCUUUUUAACAUUGUAAAUAAAGAAACUGCAACUACUGAUAUAUUAUGGAUUAAUUUGUGCAAAGAGCCAAUAAAAUGCUAAUAAUUGCACUUUAAAUAUUUGAUAAAUCCUUUAUAUGGUGACAAAAGAUGUCACGAGCAGUGGUUACCAUUGUUUGUCUUUGUGAGGGUGAACAAAGUUUAGUUAGUGAGACUUUUUACACCAGUUCAGAGCUGGAAUGAUAGUUACAGGACCAAAUCUCAGACCUGACAUGCCUUGAUCAAAGUGUCAUAGUAAGAUGAAUAAAUCUAGAGAUGCCAUAAUGUUAACCCUGAUUAUCCCUCAAGUUCUUCAUUACCCAAAACAUCAGUGUACAAUGUAGCAAUUGAAUUGGCUAUCGUUGAAAUGUUGUGGUCCUAAAUAUUAUUUAAAAUUGUUUAAAUCUGUGGCAGUCACAUCCCUGGUGAUUGUGAUAUGAGCUUGAUGGAGUGGCAAAAAAACUUUCCUGUGAAUUAUUUAUGCUCUUUACACAGUUUGAGUUUGUUUUUCCAGAUAAUUUCCACUGGGGAUCAUCUACCACAUGUGGUUUUAUCGCCAUACAGUGCAAUGUACAUUGUAGAGCUGCUGUGUGUAUGAUCGUAUAUAGAUCAAAAUGUCAAUGCUACAUUGAUGUCUUUAUUUUGGGAUACUAGUUUUUUUUUAAUUUAUUGUUAUUUAUAAAAAAAACUACAAAUGAACUGGCAAAAUGUUACAAUGGCGUUUUUUUUGUUAAGCAUUGUAUGUAUAACUUACAUUUUAGGUAAUAUAUUUUACUUUGUGAUAAAAGAAGACAUUCAUUGUAAAUAUUUUCGCUGUAGUAAAUUAUGGAUGUUGA